UGUGGCUUGAGCGAGGGCAGGAGGGCAGGGCUUCACCCGCUUCCUCUCCCCCGCAGGGUGUCAGUCAGCAGGGCCAUCAAGCCCUUUGCCGAGCCGGGCCGCCCACCUGACUGGUUCUCUCAGAAGCACUGCGCAUCUCAGUAUUCGGAACUCCUGGAGACCACAGAGACUCCCAAGAGAAAGCGCGGUGAGAAGGGGGAGGUGGUGGAAACGGUGGAAGAUGUCAUUGUGAGGAAACUGACAGCAGAAAGAGUUGAGGAGUUGAAGAAAAUGAUAAAGGAGACACAGGAGAAGUACAGGCAACUGAAGAAAGAUGCAGAGCUGAUUCAGACUGGGCACAUGGAUAACAGGCUGGAGGACCUGUGCAACGAGAUUAUGAUGAAGAAAAAAAUGGAAGAGGAGGAGGCAGAGGUGAAGAAGAAGGCUACUGAUGCUGCUUAUCAGGCUCGUCAGGCAGUUAAGAACCCGCCACGAAGGUUAACAGGUGUGAUGGUUCGCUCUCCUGCAGGUUCAACCUCCCCAGGAGGGGACUAUGCUCUGGGGGACUUGUCUCAGCCAGCUGUGGAAGAGGCCAGCCCUGGGGUAACUCCAGGGACAUUGCCCAGCACCCCAGUUGCCUCCUUCAUUGGGAUCCCUGACACCCCUCCAGGCUCUGCUUCCCUGGAUGCCCCCAUGACCCCAGUCACUGAUGAUUCGCCCCAGAAAAAGAUGCUAGGACAGAAAGCAACUCCGCCUCCUUCCCCUCUGCUCUCAGAGCUGCUGAAGAAGGGCAGUCUCCUGCCCACAAGCCCCAGGCUGGUUGGCGAAAGUGAUAUAGCAGUGGCUUCUGGUCACGUGAACAGCUCCGGCGUCCUCCUGGAGGUAGGAAGUGUCCUUCCAGUGCUGCAUGGUGGGGAUAUGCAGUCGGCAUCUGGUGCUGUCCCUGCAUCUCCUGCUGCCUCAGGUGCUCCUACACUUUCCCGGCUUUUAGAGGCUGGUCCUGCACAGUUCACCACACCUCUUGCUUCCUUCUCUGCUGUUGCCAGUGAACCUCCAGCUAAACUGCUGCCGCCCCCUGUAGAGGCUGUGUCCCAGGCAACCAUUGUCAUGAUGCCCACGCUGUCAGCACCAUCUGUUGUGCCACCAGCUGCAACUCCAGAAAGUGUAGCGACAGUGAGCCAGCCAGAGACCUGUGUUUCCAUGGAGACAGUGUCUGAUCCCCACACAGUGACAGUGUCUAUGGACAGCAGCGAAAUAUCCAUGAUCAUUGAUUCGAUCAAGAAAGAGUGCCUGGCAUCUGGGGCUGGCAGUGCUGCAGGGCCCUCCAAAGAUCACAGCAUGGAUGGGAAAGAAGACCUGGAUCUGGCUGAGAAGAUGGACAUUGCAGUCUCCUACACUGGGGAAGAGCUGGACUUUGAGACUGUUGGGGAUAUUAUAGCCAUCAUUGAGGACAAGGUAGAUGACCAUCCUGAAGUCCUGGAUGUAGCAGCAGUUGAAGCUGCUUUGUCUUUCUGUGAAGAGACUGAUGACCCACAGGCCUUGACUGGCCCAUGGGAGCAUCCAAUCCAGCAAGAGCAUGAGAAACAGACUCAGAUGCCCCAAGUAGCUGUGACUGUGAAGCAAGAAAGGUUGGACUGUGAAGAGGCAGAAACAAAGGGAAUCAGAGACCUCAUGAGCCUUGGAGAGCUGGGGCCAGAAAUAAAGACAGAACCUGCAGAGCAGGAACAGAGCCAGCUGGACCCUGAAGAAGCCACAGUAGCAGUCUCACGGACAGUGGAGAUGCCUGAGCUCAGGAGUCGGGAGAUGGACGAGGAGCAGAGAGCAGCUGCUGCUGGAGGAGAGAACUCCGAAACUGAGACCGAGUUAGCAAAGGGGGAUGAAGGAGUGCACAACACGGUGAAGACAGAGGCCCUUCCUGAUGAUGACUCACCACCUCCACAAGUCCCAAAUAUGAAUGAAGAUUCUUCACAGCCUGAUGUUCAGCACAAAUUUGAGCUGUCAGAAUCAAUGAAGGAGGACACCCAGGCGCUGUUUAGAAGCCAGGAGGCUCGGGGGGAAGAGGAUGAUGAGGAUGGUGCCAGUGAGGCUCCCAGUCUGGAGGAGCCCAAGGAGGAAGAUCAGGGUGAGGGGUACCUGUCGGAAAUGGAUAACGAGCCCCCUGUGAGUGAGAGUGAUGAUGGCUUCAGUGUCCAUAAUGCACCUUUGCAGUCUCACACGCUAGCUGACUCCAUUCCCAGCAGCCCUGCUUCCUCACAGUUCUCUGUUUGCAGUGAAGAUCAGGAGGCAAUCCAAGCCCAGAAGAUCUGGAAAAAGGCCAUAAUGCUGGUUUGGAGAGCAGCAGCCAAUCACAGGUAUGCCAAUGUCUUCCUACAGCCUGUGACUGAUGACAUAGCACCAGGCUAUCACAGUAUUGUGCAGAGGCCGAUGGAUUUAUCUACCAUUAAGAAGAACAUUGAGAAUGGGCUCAUCCGAACCACAGCUGAGUUCCAACGUGAUAUAAUGCUAAUGUUCCAGAAUGCAGUCAUGUACAACAGCUCUGACCAUGAUGUGUACCACAUGGCUGUGGAAAUGCAGCGAGAUGUUUUGGAGCAAAUCCAGCAAUUUCUGGCCACACAACUGAUCAUGCAGACGUCAGAGUCCGGGAUCAGUGCAAAGAGCCUGCGUGGGCGAGACUCCACUCGGAAACAAGAUGCUUCGGAGAAGGACAGUGUCCCAAUGGGCUCUCCUGCCUUCCUUCUCUCUCUCUUUAUGGGACACACACGGAUGUGGUUGGAUUCUGAGAGGGAGUCUCUUAGUGAGUCUGAGAAGAGCAGCUGCUGCCAGUCUCUUCACAGCUCCUGGGAUUCCAACUUGGAUCUGGAGGUGACCAACUUGAUGGAACCUCUCUGCAUAAGUGGCUCAGACUCAGCACAGAUGGACAGGGCUUUUUGUACUGCUAGGGAGAAGGAAGAAAUGGAAGCCCUCAACUGCCAGGAAGAGAUGGAGAGGCUCCCAGUCCCAAGAAGAGAGGCAGAGGAGGAAGGGCAGCCACGAAUUCUGGCAGGAGAAGCUGAGGAACUGCCUGUCCCAGGAAGAGGUGUGUGCAUGCCACAGAUGACAGGGGAUCUACAGCACAUGGGCUGGGAGGCCAAAGAUGCAAAGGAAACACAAGGUGUAGGAGAGGAGACAGGAGAGUCCCAGGUCCCAGGAGGAGAGGAAGGGGAUUCAGGAGAGGAGAAGGAGUGCCUGGCUGUGGUGGAGAAUGCAGAAGGAAUACAGGAGGGAGAGAAGAACCAGAUGCUGCUCAUGAAUCUGACUUCCCUGGGGAUGCCUACCUUAGAGGAGGAACUUUCAGGCAGUAUGAAGGGCAAGGCUGAGGAGGGGCCAGGACAAGCCCAGCAGGAGAAGCAGGGGAACACCGUAUUCCCUGCACAAGGAGAUAGCGGCUGCAGAACCUCCGCGGGUUCCCCGGCAGAUGUUAUACACAUGAACCCAGCACCUUCGCAGCUGGUGCAGCUGAGCUGGGAUGACCCUCUGCAGCGCAUGCAUUUCAAAAAGACUCUGCUGUCCAUCUGGAAGAUGAUAGCCAGUCACAGAUACAGCGGCCCGUUCCUGAAGCCAGUGUCAGACAAGCAAGCCCCUGGGUACAAGGAUGUGGUGAAAAGACCCAUGGAUUUAACCACCAUAAAGAGAAGUCUGUCCAAGGGCCGCAUCCGGAGCACGGCUCAGUUCCAGCGCGACCUCAUGCUGAUGUUCCACAACGCCGUCAUGUACAACAGCUCCGACCACCACGUGCACCGCAUGGCCCUGGCCAUGCAGCAGGAGGUCUUGCAGCAGCUGCAGAUGCUGGGCGAGGCCCUCCUGUGCUCCGAGGACAGGCUGAGUUGUGAGCGGUAAGAAGCGGCGCGCGGUCCGGGGCCCCGCCAGAAGCAAGCCCCGUCUGCUUGGGCUGGGAGCCCGGGCGCAUUCCUGGGGCGCUGUGCCCGGCCCCGGGGGUGGGGCUCGGCUGGGGUACACGCGCAUCCCUCCUCCUGGGCCAGGCCCGCCCGGCUUCGGCGACCCGGGAGGGGGACGGGGGCCCCCCCCCGGCCUGACGCCG